AUGACAUCCGGAGCCCCAAGGCUCCCCAAUCUGUGGCUCCCCAAUUUACCUAAUGGACCUCCAUUGGAAGGAAUUGUCCCCGGUCUCUUGAGACACCUAUUGAAUCUCCAAAAAUUAAAAAAAAUCGUUUACGUUCUGGAACAGCAAGAACCAGGUCGAGACGGAAAGGAAAUCAUAAACGGGGUGGUUCACGUCCGCCCCGGCGGGGGAUUCGUGCCGAACUUCAUCCUCUUCCGCAAAGUGGAGGUGAACGGGAAUGGGACCAUCCCCCUCUACUCAUAUCUCAAAAGCGUGUGCCCGACGACGGUGAGCGCAUUCCGCGAGAAGGCCCGCCUCUUCUACGAUCCGCUGGACAGCGACGACAUCCGCUGGAACUUCGAGAAGUUCCUCGUCGACCGCAAAGGGAAGCCCUACAAGCGGGUGCAUCCCCAGCAGCUGCCGGAGACGCUGUACGACGAUAUCGCGAGGCUGGCGAGUAAGAGGGCCCGCCCUCAGGGAGCCCGUCCUCAGGGCAGCUCCACCGGAUUUGGCGAAUUCCGAUUGUUCGGAUCCCCGGGGCGAUUCCCGUCAAACUUCUAA